AAGGAGAAAGUGCAGCAUAUCCCAGAUGGUGGAGUAUGAUAAUAGCCUGUGUCUUUAAAUAAAAAGAAAGGCCCUGCCCCGCCUCCAGGAGAGGCUGCUAGGAGCUGCGGGCAAGGCUGCGGGCGGGCGGGCGAUCGGGAUGCCCGGCACCGCCGAGCAGUCUCCGCCCGCCUCCCGGGCGUCCGCUGGUCCUCUCCCGGGAGCUGGAGUCGCAGCGCUGGGACCGGGGAGCGGCGGCGCCGGAGUCCGCGCACCGCCCAUGGACGCGCCGGGGGACCCGGAGGGCCCACCGCCCCCAGCAGGUGAUGACCCUGCAGCAAGUGCAAGAGAGACAUCCAGCCGGCUUUCGAGAGAACAGCUUUUUGUCCUGAUAUCGGCAGCUUCCAUGAACUUCGGCUGUAUGAUGUCCUAUUCCAUCCUUGGACCCUUUUUCCCUAAGGAGGCUGAAAAGAAAGGAGCCAGCAAUACAGUUAUUGGGAUGAUCUUUGGAUGCUAUGCUUUGUUUGAACUGCUGGCCUCUUUGUUCUUUGGAAAAUAUCUUGUACAGAUUGGAGCAAAAUUUAUGUUUGUAUCAGGAAUGUUUGUCUCAGGAGGAGUCACAAUUCUCUUUGGUUUAUUGGACCAAGUUCCCAACGGACCGGUAUUUAUUGCUCUGUGUUUUCUAGUGAGAAUAACAGAUGCCAUAAGCUUUGCUGCAGCAAUAACUGCAUCUUUUUCUAUCCUCGCAAAGGCUUUCCCAAAUCAUGUGGCCACAGUCUUGGGAAGUCUUGAGGUUUUUUCUGGACUGGGACUAGUUUUAGGGCCUCCUUUAGGUGGCUUCUUGUAUCAAUCCUUUGGCUAUGAGGUGCCUUUUAUUUUGCUUGGAUGCAUAAUUUUGCUGAUGGUACCACUCACCAUGUACAUUUUACCUAGUUAUGAGGAGUCUAAUCCAGGUCAGCACUCAUUCUGGAAACUCAUCAGUUUACCCAAGGUUGCGCUCCUAACCUUCAUCAUCACCUCGCUCAGCGCCUGCUUCGGCUUCCUUGACCCAACUCUGUCUCUCUUUGUUUUGAAGAAGUUUAACUUACCAGCUGGACACGUAGGACUGGUAUUCCUGGGUUUGGCACUAUCCUACACCAUUUCUUCACCACUCUGUGGUCUACUAAGCGAUAAAAUUCCACAUCUAAGGAAAUGGUUUCUGGUUUUUGGAAACAUAAUCACAGCAGGGUGCUACAUGCUGUUAGGACCAGUCCCAGUCUUGCACAUUCAAAGUUCUCAGAAAGGAGACUGUUUUUAUCACCUAAAUUGUCUUCAUUUGGAAAUAGUACUAAUAUCACAGGGAUGCUGCAACAUUCAGUGCGGUAAUGGGUGCUAAGUAACUGGCGUAGUGCUCCGCGUGGUACAAAUACUAGUUUCCUGUCACUUUACCACCUCCCUUCUCUGACAUUUUUUAGCCAAAUGAAUUUCAAAGCCAAGCAAUUGAAAGAAAAACAUUAGCAUUGGCGCUUUCACCAAUUUUGAAAGGAUUGUGCAGGUGAUAUAAGGCAAGUUGACUCCAGACAUGUGAUAUAUGUGACAAAAGACAUUGAGAUAUCAGGAUGAAUUGACCCCCACCCUCAAGUAUAAGGAGCUAAAGGAUGCGGUCACUGAAUGAAAUGUGACCAGAUGGGAAUGAGGACAAGACCAGGCCUGGAAUCUGUGAAAGGAACUUCUCUCUGGGCCCCCUUAUCAUGAAGCUUUGUGUCUCUUCAAAGGCUAAUU